AUGCAGGGUGAACAAGACAUGUGCACCGUCCAGUACCUCCAUCGGUUCUGCCUGCAUGCAGGGGGCCGCUUGCAGGCUUAUGCGAGCAAAGAUCUGGAGGAGCAGCUGCGGUCCGUGUCCAGUGUAGACGAGCUCAUGACUGUGCUCUACCCGGAAUACUGGAAAAUGUACAAGUGUCAGUUGAGGAAAGGAGGCUGGCAGCACAACAAAGAACAGGCCAGCCCCAGCUCAGGGACGGAAGACACAGUCAAGUUUGCUGCAGCACAUUAUAACGCCGAGAUCCUGAAAAGUAUUGACAGCGAGUGGAGGAAGACUCAGUGCACUCCCCGGGAGGUGUGCACGGAUGUGGGGAAGGAGUUCGGAGCAGCUACCAACACCUUCUUCAAACCUCCGUGUGUGUCCGUGUACAGGUGUGGGGGCUGCUGCAACAGCGAGGGGCUGCAGUGCAUGAACACCAGCACCGGCUACCUCAGCAAGACGUUAUUUGAAAUCACAGUGCCUCUUUCUCAAGGCCCCAAACCAGUAACAAUCAGUUUUGCCAAUCACACUUCCUGCCGAUGCAUGUCUAAACUGGAUGUUUAUAGACAAGUCCAUUCAAUUAUUAGACGCUCCCUGCCAGCAGCACUGCCACAGUGUCAGGCGGCCAACAAGACCUGCCCUGCAGAGUACAGGUGGGACGGUCGCUUCUGCAGAUGCCUGGCUCAGCAGGACUUGGUUUUUGCCUCAGACACUGGAGAUGACUCCGCCGAGGGAUUCCGUGACGUCUGUGGGCCAGACAAGGAGCUGGAUGAAGAGACGUGUCAGUGUGUCUGCAGAGGGGGGCUUCGGCCUUCCAGCUGCGGACCCCACAAAGAACUAGACAGAAACUCAUGCCAGUGUGUCUGUAAAAACAAACUUUUCCCCAGUUCAUGUGGGGCCAACAGAGAGUUUGAUGAGAACACGUGCCAGUGUAUAUGUAAAAGAACAUGCCCAAGAAAUCAACCCCUAAAUCCUGGAAAAUGCGUCUGUGAAUGUACAGAAAAUCCCCAGAAAUGCUUCUUAAAAGGAAAGAAGUUCCAACAUCAGACAUGCAGUUGUUACAGACGGCCGUGCACAAACCGACCGAAGCCUUGUGAGCUGGGACUUUCCUUUAGUGAAGAGGUGUGUCGCUGCGUCCCCUCAUACUGGAAACGGCCACAUAUGAGCUAGACUGGACCAUUGUUCAGUUCAUCAUUUUUCUGUCUUGGAAAACUGUGUUGCCACAUUGAACCUGUCUGUGAACAGAGAGACCUGUGGGCCCGUGUUGCCAAGGACAGACUCUUUCCUAAACCACCUGGGGACCAGCACAGAAAGGGACUGCAGCCCAUCUGCAGAGGCCUCUUAUAAGGACCAGUGUCUUGCCAGUGACCCAACAGCUGAAGUUUUUCUCUUGUGUUUUUUUUUUUAAAUAAUGACUAUAUAAUUUAUUUCCACUAAAAAUAUUGUUUCUGCAUUCAUUUUUUUGUAGCAAUAACAAUUGGUAAAGCUCACUGUGAUCAAUAUUUUUAUAUCAUGCAAAGUAUGUUUAAAAUAAAAUGAUAAUUGUAUUAUAAGCUG